CCCCUUCAAAAAAAAACAAGAAAAAUAAAAAUAAAAUCAUAGUUUUGACCCACAAAUUUCCUCCACCCCAGCCAAACGCAGCAUUACAUACAUCAUUCUCUCUUUCUCUCUCCUCCUCUCCCCUCUGCCUCCCCUCCUUCCGCCUUUGCAGGGCACAAAAUCACUGUAGUAUUUAUUUUAACAUUCAAGAUUCAUUUUCUAAUCAAGGGUUUGCCAAAAUUGGGGAAGAAACCGAUUGAAAGAGGGGAGAUCAUUCGCUUUAGCUCUCUUUAGGAGAGAGAUUUAUAGGGUUUUAUGGCUUGGAGGCAACUUCUUAGGCAGGCGACUACACGUGAAUAUGAGCUUGUACGAUUGAGGACUUUUUCGUCUAGGCUCUAUUCAACUUUACGGCAGCUGCACAAUGGCGGAGAAAGUGGGCUUGCAGGAUCUCAGAAGAGAUACCAGUCAAGCUAUGUUGGCAGCUUAGGUCGCCGAGCACGCGAUGCAGAGGGAGCAAGUGAUAGUGCGUAUUUUAGGGAUGUGUAUCGCCGAGGAGAUCCAGAAUCGGUGAUAAGAGCCUUUGAAAGUCAACCUGCUCUGCAUUCUAGUCCAACGGCUGUUGCUGAGUAUGUUAAAGCACUGGUCAAGGUUGAUAGGUUGGAUGAGAGCGAGUUGCUCAGAACCUUACAAAGAGGAAUAGCUUCCACGGGCCACAGCUUUUCCGAGGAAGGAAGUAUGGCUGGACUUUCCGCUUUCCGCAAUGUGGGUAAAUCUACAAAAGAUGGAGUACUUGGAACUUCUAGUGCUCCACUGCAUAUGGUGACCGCUGAAGGAGGGCAUUUUAAAGAACAGUUGUGGCGUACUUUUCGUACCAUUGCUUUAGCAUUUCUCUUGAUUUCAGGAGUUGGGGCACUAAUUGAAGACAGAGGAAUUAGUAAAGGACUCGGUCUGAAUGAAGAGGUGCAACCUAGCAUGGAGUCCAGCACAAAAUUCAGUGAUGUGAAAGGUGUUGAUGAAGCAAAAGCUGAGCUAGAAGAAAUAGUUCACUAUCUUCGAGAUCCAAAGCGCUUCACUCGUUUGGGUGGUAAACUCCCCAAGGGUGUUUUGCUUGUUGGCCCUCCUGGUACUGGCAAAACUAUGCUAGCCAGAGCUAUUGCUGGAGAAGCAGGAGUGCCUUUCUUCUCAUGCAGUGGCAGUGAGUUUGAGGAGAUGUUUGUUGGUGUUGGAGCUAGGAGGGUCAGAGAUCUGUUUGCAGCUGCUAAGAAACGGUCACCUUGUAUCAUAUUUAUUGAUGAAAUAGAUGCAAUUGGGGGAAGUCGUAACCCGAAGGAUCAGCAAUAUAUGAAGAUGACAUUAAAUCAGCUGCUUGUUGAGCUAGAUGGAUUCAAACAAAGUGAAGGAAUUAUUGUGAUUGCAGCAACUAACUUUCCUGAAUCCUUGGACCAUGCGCUGGUUAGACCCGGGCGAUUUGACCGACAUGUUACUGUUCCUAAUCCGGAUGUUGAAGGACGCAGACAGAUUUUAGAAACUCAUAUGUCCAAGGUGCUGAAGUCGGAAGAUGUGGACCUGAUGAUCAUUGCUCGAGGAACGCCAGGCUUCUCUGGUGCGGAGCUUGCUAACCUCAUCAACAUAGCCGCUCUGAAGGCUGCAAUGGAUGGGGCCAAGUCUGUGAGCAUGCCUGAUCUAGAGUAUGCCAAGGACAGAAUUUUAAUGGGCAGCGAGCGCAAAUCUGCUGUAAUCUCCGAGGAAAACCGGAGGAUGACAGCCUACCAUGAGGGCGGUCACGCCCUUGUUGCUGUCCACACUAAUGGUGCCCUUCCGGUUCAUAAGGCAACAAUUGUCCCCCGUGGUGUCUCCCUUGGAAUGGUUACUCAACUUCCUGAGCAAGAUCAAACGAGUAUCUCGCGGAAACAAAUGCUAGCCCGUCUUGAUGUUUGCAUGGGAGGCCGGGUUGCUGAGGAGCUCAUCUUCGGGGAGAAUGAGGUAACUUCCGGUGCAUCCUCUGAUCUCCAACAAGCAACAACACUUGCAAGAUCAAUGGUAACAAAGUAUGGAAUGAGCAGAGAGGUUGGGCUUGUGACUCACGAUUAUGAUGAUAAUGGGCGGAGUAUGAGCACCGAAACUCGGCUUCUUAUUGAGCAAGAGGUUAGGUUUUUACUCGAGCAAGCAUACAACAAUGCCAAAACCAUUCUCACAACUCAUAGCAAGGAACUUCAUGCCCUGGCUAAUUCUUUGUUAAAGAAUGAGACACUUACGGGCAAGCAAAUUAAGGAGUUGAUUACGGAAGUCAAUUCAGAUCAGAAGCAACAUCAACAGCAGAAGAUAGUGGCCACUCAGAGCAGCGAGCAGUCAAAUCCAGCCCCACCACCAUCGACUCCAGGUGCAGCCGCGUCAGCAGCGGCUGCAGCAGCUGCUGCAGCCGCAGCUGCAACAGCCAAGGCCAAAGGGGUUGCACCAGUGGGGUCUUAACUGUUUAUUUAUAAAAAGGUGGUUUUUAAUUUUACUGAAUGAAUUCAAUGUGCAUAUAUUUAGUCGUUAAUUUACUAUUACUAUUACUAUUACUAUUACUAUUGGAGGAUGAUGCUCAUUUUCUGUCACUUGCUACCGUAUCUUGCUUGCAUUUGCUGCAAGUUAUCUGGUGAUUUACCUGUAUCAUUAAUCUGUGAGUUGAAAAAGUGAACUAGAGAGAUGUAGAAUCUUAGCGGCUGAAGCAGACCUGAACACGCUAAAGUUGUGUAGCAAUAAAGAGAUGGUUUCUUCUUUUCGCAUAGCUGCAAUAA